AUGAUUCGAGAACACAGUUAUAGCUUGUAUCAGGUGGAUGUGCCUGUCUAUACAGCAGGUACCGAUGUUAAGCCUUCAGGGAUUGCUAAACAAGGUUUUGAAGAGGCCAAAAUGAAGAAAAUUGACGUGGUUAUUGUUGACACUGCUGGUAGGCUGCAGAUAGACAGAGCUAUGAUGGACGAGUUAAAAGAAGUGAAACAGGCACUGAAUCCAACAGAAGUCUUGUUAGUUGUGGAUGCUAUGACAGGGCAAGAAGCAGCAGCUUUGGUGACUACUUUCAAUCUUGAGAUUGGAAUAACUGGUGCCAUCUUGACAAAGCUGGAUGGUGAUUCAAGAGGUGGAGCAGCUUUGAGUGUCAAAGAGGUUUGCUUGUCUUUAUUUUAG